CUAGACUCCAACAACUUGUUGAUCAUCAGCGUGUGUGGAUUUUACAUGAAAAACAAAAGUUUUGUUGCUAUAAAACAUGAGAAAACCUGGAUCUGACACUUUAAAUGACCUGUGUGCAAAACUAUCUCUGAAUGAAAUGAAAGUUCACCCAAGAAAGAUAUGGUAACUCUUAUUGGACUUAAAGAGAAAGACAAGAUCCUUAUCAAUGCAAAAAAAUCAUGCCAGUCAACUUUUUAUCUUCGUGGUCACUAUCUGGAUGGGCUUCCAAAGUGUGUCUCUCAAAAACCAUUAAUAACCAGCUUAAAGUUUUUGGAUUUAAGCUACAAUUCACUGGAAGGUUUUCCACUGGAACUGGGACUGUUGACCAACUUGGAAGAACUUUACAUUCAGCAUAACCAGUUGCAACAUAUACCUGAUGAAAUUUGUAAUCUUGUACAAAUUCAGAGACUGGGUCUUGCUCAUAACUGUGUGCAAACAAUUCCAUUCUCAUUGAGCAAAUUGUCACGCUUAGAAUGGCUCAAUUUAUCUGGGAAUCAAAUUCAUAUUAUUCCUCAUUUUUUACUUUGUCUUCCAAGCCUGACUAGUCUUCGUGUUCUGCGGAACCCAAUUGAUAAUGUACCCAGGGAUAUUUAUAUUCAAGGACUAGAAGCUAUGAGAAAGUUCUUUGCUGUUGUUGUUAAACCUUUAAGUAACAUAGCCAAUUCUCUCUGUGAUCAAGAGAACAAGGAAAUUAAAACGGAAAGGCAAAAGGCUUAUGAGGACACCAUCAUUGAUGAAGCAUUUACGUCAGAUGAAUCCAGAAUUGAUAUUUUUUCCACAAGUUUUUCAGAAUAUGUCUUGAAUGUGGAAAAGUCUCAAAAGGAUGAAAUUCAGUUAGUAGAGGAUCUGAAAGAAAAAAUAAGAAUAAGCCAAGAAAUUAGAAAGAUGAAUCUUGAAUAUCUUCGAAAACAAGAAUAUAGUAAGAACACAAGGUGCAUUACACGACCGAGACGUAUGUCCGACAUUAGUCUUGACCUGACGAUUAGAAAACGUCGCAGACAACUCAUAAAGUCCACUAGUGAAUACGGAAGCUUGUCAACGUUUACAGAAUAUAUGUCUCUACCUCAACAGAACAGAGAUGACGAUGACAAAUAUAGCGAGAAUUUCAGUGUAUGCACCAGUGAUGAUGAAAGUAGCAUGUGUGAGCUGGACACUGAGCCAAGAAAGAGGCACAUUACACAUGGUGAUAUUUGCGUAAUUAUUCCAGAAUGUAAUCAAUCAGGUCAUCUACAGUCCGAAUUCGUUCUUGAUAUCAUUGAGGAUCUUGCAUAUCAACCUACUUCAUGUAUGCGAGGAAGGCAGGUGGUAGGAAGUGAGGUACUGAUGCUGCAGCCUCACGGAGCACUGUUUUUUAAGUCAGACCCUGCAAUUAUUAGCUUACCCUACGAUGUCAAGGUGGAAUCCAGAGAUGAGAUCAUUUGCUUGUGUAGUGAUACUGGGUUUGGAGAAAUACCCAACUGGCAAGCUAUGGACAAGCAGUCGUACACAGUUUUCCAGUCUCAUGUUGAGAUUAGAGCAGAGCAUUUUAGUCUUUUUGCCGUGGUAGCGCAAAAGCAAUAUCACAGUGCACAGUGCUUAAUUAGAAAAGGUGUGGGCGGGUCUCUUGUGGUAGAUGAAGUACCUGGAGUGGAAAUCAGAUUCCCUGGAACAUCAUUACUUUAUGACAUACAAGCAUCAGUCAAAGUGUUCUAUGCAAAUGAGCCCUAUGAUGUGGACCAUGAUGAUCCAAAUGCAUUUGGGUUAGCAGCUCCAGUCAUUGAGCUUGGACCCCAUGGGUGUCAGUUUGAUCCCUCAAGUCCAGAGCUAGUAACGGUUCGUCUUCCCUUACCAAAUGGAAAAGAAAUUCUGGAAGCAUUUGGAGAUCGACAGCUGACAUUCUGGUGCAGUUCAACCCAGGAAAAUGAGCCUUUAGACUGGCAACAGUUUCACCCUCAAAACAUGCAUAUUGAUAGCGACAUUGACAGCAUAUGUUCAGUUUACUUCUCUGUAGAACAUUUUACAUUUUUCAAGGUGUUAUGGGACGUUAUUGAUGCAGUGCUCUACGAAGCAAAACUUGGUGCAUCACAUUUCAUUCCAGCCUUUCAGUUUUACGUGUCAUGUGAGGCUUUGAUGUCAGACAGUGAAGAUGGAGUCAGAUUUGGCCUGUGUAUUUGUUGUAGUAGAUUUGGCAUUUCUCUUGAUGGUAUUGGGAAUUUCCCUAUUUCCAUUGGCAAACACCCGCCGAAAAUGAUCAGCACAGGACCUCUYGUCAUAAGGGUCAUUUCAAAACUGUUCGAGGCUGACGUAGAAGCAGGACAGAAAGAAUUAAUCCACCAAGAACAUUUUACAGGGCGGCAAUUCGUUGCUCAGUUUGUUUGUUGUUUCACUGGGGAUGCUGUGUUGUAUGGAAGCUUUGGAAGGGUGGAGAUAGAACAGCCCACACAAGACAACAUUUCUACUCCAAAACUACUCUUCUCAUUUAACUUAUACAAGCCCAGGGAUCCAGAACAGUACGACAGCUCUAUGGCCUGGGAUGUGCAUCUCAGCAGAGAAUUAGCAGCUUUGGUUACCAUAAGAACCGAUCGGGAUAUGGGCGAUGAAGUGUGGGAAGACUUGGCAAAGUCACUACGCUAUACUCAAGUGGAAAUCAAUAAAAUUGCUUCUAGUGAUGAUCCYAUGACAGAGUUACUAGCCAACUUUAAGCGGCGUGGGGGACAGCCUCGUGAAUUUAUUUCAGCUAUGUAUAAUAUUGGUCAGAUUAAGAACUCUCCUCACCUAAACAGUUCAUUCGGAAGUGGAAUUAACAGUCUUAGUGGGCCAUCAGAAGCUGAAACUGAGUCCAAAAUGUGCCAAUGUGAUAAGAAGAACAUGCGAAAGAGAAAAAUACCUCAUGAGAUUUCUUUGGAGGAUACCUUCCUUGAAAUUGCAGGCAAGGUUCCUAAAAUGUGGAAGGAACUGGGGCGUGCACUAAAGAUAAAUGAAAACAAACUCGAUGAAAUUGAGCAGGAUUACAAGCAUGACAGAGUUCGUGAGCAGGCCUACCAAAUGCUUCUUGCAUGGAGAGAAAGUUUUCCAGAGUACUGCACAUUAAGCUCUCUUUCCGAGGGUCUUUGUAAAAUUGGUCUUAAAAAUGUAGCACGUCAAUGCUGCAUGGUUAAGAUUUAGAACAAUCUAUAUAUAAUAUAUAUUUUGUAGUUUUUUAAAAAAGUUAUAGAAAACAAUAUUUAUAUUUUUGACAUAAAACUUUUUAUAAUGAAAAAUACACUCAGCCCGAAACGGGCAUUAUAAAAUAUUCUUUGAACGUGUCACUUUAAGUAUUGUUUGAACAGGUUACAUUGAUAAUUGUUCAGUGUGGAAGUACUUCAGCAUAGCUUAUAUUUUGAAUAGGUUGGCCAGAACAGACAUUGAACAAAUAGACCUUUUUACUUAGAUAUGCAUGGCAGCCUUCUUGAAUUAUAAUGGUGGGAUGCUGAGAGGGCAAACAUAGAACAAUAAUUAUUUAUAAAGCAUUGAGUAGUGGGGGUUACAUUUUCAAAUAAUUUCAAGUCUUGGUGUUUCACAUAUUGUUUCAACUAUCAGCAAAUUGAAUUGCUUUUUAGAUAAUAGUACUUCUCAUYGAAAAGAUUAAAUACAAUAUAAAAAGACACCCUGACACCUGUGCAUUCUGUAUUUUUCAAAGUAAUUGCAUGUUUAUUUAAAAUAAAAGAAAGAAAUCUUUAUUUAA